GAAUUUUCUGUUUAUACGUAUCUCCAAUUCUCUCUCUCUCUCUGCACUCUCUUGUUUUCAACGAUUUCCGUCUUGUUUCUGCAUUCCUGAUCCGACUAUCCAAAUUCUCUCUGAAAAAGCAAUAUACAUGUAUUUUUCUCUCUCUAGAUCUUCCUUGGUCAUUGGCGUGCAAUUGUUUCUAAUGAGUUGAACAAGAUUUGGGUUCGUGGAUAGUUUCUUCGUGUUGAUUGUGGAUAAAUUUGAGCAUCGAUUGCUGGAAAGGGCGUGCUAGGGCACAGUUGCUGUGCUUUAGAUGAUAACCGUUGCUUGCAGCUAGUGGAGGCUGCAAACAAGCAUGCUGAUAUCAUUUUGGUUGAUAUUUAAUCAUUCUUAUAUUGAAAAGCCAGCUCUUUACUACAUAUUGUAUUUUUUGAUGGAGAUAAGCACAGAAGUGUGCAUACAAUCAGUUGAACAACACUGUUUGAACAGUGUAGAUACGUUUUUGAAGUGGUUAAAAAUCCAUUGAGCUCUGCUUUCAGAAUUUUGUAAAACAGAAUAAUGGAAAGAUACAAAAUAUUGGAAGAAAUUGGUGAUGGAACUGGUGGAAAUGUAUAUAAAGCCGUGAAUAAUGAAACGUUUGAGAUUGUUGCAGUCAAAAGAAUGAAGAGAAAGUUCUAUACCUGGGAGGAAUGUUUAAAUCUACGAGAAGUGAAGUCGCUCCGCAGAUUAAAUCAUCCUAACAUCAUCAAGUUGUUGGAGAUUGUCAGACAAAAUAAUGAGCUGUUCUUCAUAUUUGAGUACAUGGAAUGUAACCUUUACCAAAUAAUGAAAAAUCAACAAAGAUCUCUUUCGGAAGAAGAGAUUCGAGGCUUAAUGUCUCAGGUGCUGCAGGCACUCUCACAUGUGCAUAAACAUGGAUAUUUUCAUCGAGAUCUCAAACCUGAGAAUUUACUAGUUACAAAUAACACCAUAAAGAUUGCUGACUUUGGUCUGGCAAGAGAAUUAUCAUCAUCACCUCCUUAUACUGAUUAUGUAUCUACGCGCUGGUAUCGAGCGCCGGAGGUGCUGUUGCAAUCUGCAUCGUAUACUCCUGCCAUUGAUAUGUGGGCGGUUGGUGCAAUCCUGGCUGAACUUUUCACUUCGUGCCCGAUUUUUCCUGGGGAAAGUGAAAUUGAUCAAUUAUACAAGAUAUGCUGCGUAUUUGGUGCUCCAGAGCGGAAUACCUUUCCAGAGGCUAAAAACAUUUCUCGAUUAGUCGAUAUCACUUAUUCAGCUAUCCAACCAGCCGAUCUUUCUGAUAUGAUUCCGAAUGCCAGCCUGGAAGCAAUUGACUUGAUUAAGCAACUUUGUUCGUGGGAUCCAUCAAAGAGGCCAACGGCAGAUCAAUGCUUGGAGCAUCCCUUCUUCCAUGUUUCUGAACGGGUGCCUCGUUUACCUGGGGAUGCACUUAAACUAAGUUUAGGACCUCUAGGAUCUGAACCUAAUCUUGAAUUGGACUUGUGGACCUUUGGCACUUCAACUGAUGAGUGCUUUCUUGGCUUGUCGUUGGCAGUAAAACCCAGCGCUCCGAACUUGGAGACGGUCCACACAAAUCAAGGCGCCAAAGAAGAUAUGAUGAUCUGCCCCAGUUUUGUCGAACAUUCACAACAAUCAGUGUUCUGGUCGCUGUUUCCCACUAAUCACCACGUAAUAACUACAUCAGCAGCGGAGCCUUCCCUUUCCCUAUCUUUCAGUCCUGCUUCAACUCCAUCGAUCGGAGUUUCACAGUCAACAGGGUGCGCAAUGUCCCCAUUCCAGUCGAGUAUUUUGGACCGGCCGUUUCUGGCCACCUCGGCUGGCUUCCAGCAGGGUCAUUACCUCUGAGAUAUACAUUCUUACAAGGAAUUCUUGCUGUCAAUACCAGAUAUAUAUAUAUAUAUAUAUAUAUAUAUAUAUACUUGUAAAGAAUCACUCUUUCCCCUUUCACAAUUAUAAGGAAUGAAUGCAUAGAUACAGAUAGAUAUAGUAUAGAUGUAACGCUUGAUGUUUAUGAUCUGUAUCUCCUCUUUGAAGGUUGAAAUUUUUUGACCCAAAUUAAAAAUUUUGAGUCUUGACUAUUUAAAUUAUCGUUUAUAUA